AUUCCAGCAGCAGGCCCAAACUCAUAUGUACUUCAAAUUCCACUGAUUGAUGAGGUAGCAUCUCUACCUGGUGUUCAGCGUCACGCUCAUUCAAACUUGCCCAGUGUUACACUGCAACCUCUGGAUUUGGAACUUAACAUCACUACAGAGCCCACUACGGAAGCUGAAUUUCCUACAGCUCAGCAGGGGGCCCUGGCUCCACCUGUUGAGCAUCCUGAGGAGACACAAUCUUCUCCAACCCACCAAGAGAACUCAGCUAAGCCUCCAGAGCCUCCUGGAGAGGUUGAGCCUUCAAGGGAGCAGGAGCAACCAGCUCAGCCUUCUGAGCCUCCUGGGGAACUUGAAGCUUCUCCAACCCAGCAGGAGCCCCCAGGUCAGCCUCCUGAACCUCUUGUGGAAGCUGAGCCUCCUCCAAGUGAACAGGAACAACCGACUCAGCCUUCUGAGCCUACAGAGUCUCCUGAGGAGGUGAAAACAGCAACCCUGCAGGAGACCCCAGCUCAGCUUUCAGAGUCUUUUGGAGAAGCUGAAACUUCUGCAACCCAGGAGGAAGCCUCAGCUCAGUUUCCAGAGCCUCCUAAUGAGGCAGAAUCUUCUCCAACCCAGCAGGAGACCCCAGCUCUGUCUCCAGCAGAGAUAGAACCUUCUGCAACCCUGCAGGAGUAACAGCUCAGCCUCCAGAGCCUUCUUCAAGGGAGGUGGAACCUUCUCCAACUCAACAAGAACAGCCAGCUCAACCUCCAGAGUAUCAUGAAAUGACAGUUUCACCUCCAAGUCACCAUCAUGCUCAGCAUUCAAACUUAUCCAGUGUCACUGUCAAACCUGCAGAUGUGGAGCUUACCAUAACAAAAGAACCCACUCCAGAGGGGGACCUUCUCCAAAUCAGCACAAGCCUUCAGCUCAGCCCUCAGUGC